AUGGAUGCUUUUAAGCUCCUCACAAGGUCUACUAAGAUCAGACCCUCCACCAAUCUAAAGGGAUCAACAGCCGACCGUCUGCCAUCCACUGGCGAAGCUCGCACACCACAGUUAUUUCCUGCGAAACCAGCUAGUGCGAAGGGGAAACAGGGCGAUGGCGAUAACCGGGGAAAGAAGAGGAAGCGCGGGACAGCUAAUGAAGAGGAUUCUGAAAUUAUGGAUGCAGGACUGAAUUUCUUCAGCGGUCCCUCUUCGUCUGCGCCUGAAGUUACCUCGAAGAUUUCUACGGAUACAGUCGAAGGAGAGGACCGGAACGGUGACGAAGACAAUGACGGCCAGGAUGUUAAUCUGCGGCCAGUCUCACUAUCUGAAGCUGAUAGGAAAUCGAUUUUGAAGACUCAUAGGAUCAAAGUCACUGAUCUUCGAACACCAAAGUCAAACUGCGACGACGUCGAAACAACGAAGAAGAAGUCUAAGAAACGGAAACGAGAAAAAGAGGCUGCAGCAGCUUCUCUUACGAAAAAGCAGCGGAAAGCGCUGCAGGCACUUUACCCCGAACCUCUCGUCUCGUUCGAGCUGUUACGGUCCAAAUAUAAUAUUUCAAGGCGUUUAUUAGAAAAUAUACGCAACCAAGGAUAUACUGUGCCAACGGAGGUACAACUUGGCAGCCUACCCAUACUCCUUGGCGGCCUGUGUACAUCGGUAGAAGAUGAGAAAGCAGACAAAAGUGUGGAAAGUGAGCCUGACCUUCUUACAGUUGCGCCCACUGGAAGCGGGAAGACGUUGGCAUUUAUGAUCCCACUUAUCAGCAAAAUAAUGAAACACCGACGCCAGAACCCUGGUGAUCAUUCGAAAGGUAUUCUAGCCGUUGUUGUUGCGCCGACCAAGGAGCUUGCGAGCCAGAUUGCAAAUGAGGGCAGGAAGCUCGCUCUUGGUACUGGAGUGAGGAUUACAACUAUGCGCAAAGGUAUGCGUGUAGUAGAAGAACGUGGUGCAGAUGACACCAAACAAGAAGAUGAUGCGAGCGAAGAUGAAAGCAAUGCAGACAGUGAUGAGGAACGGCCAAAGGAGCGAGUAAAGUCUCUUGCAACUGUAACUAAGAGUGACAUCCUGGUUACAACGCCGUUGCAAUUAGUCAACGCACUCUCAGAUAAUGGCUGUAAAGAUAUUGCCUCAAUGCCUUUAGUCCAGUCGCUUGUUCUUGAUGAAGCAGAUGUCCUCUUGGACCCCCUAUUUCGGGAUCAGACUCUUAAAAUAUGGCAAUCAUGUGUUAACCCUCAGUUAAGAGUCGGGUUGUGGUCCGCGACAAUGGGAUCUAAUAUCGAGGAACUGGCCAGAUCAACCAUUGGGGAUCGCCAGAAGUCCCUAGGCCUAACAGAAGAGCCCUUUCUCAUCAGAUUAGUUGUUGGCCUGAAGGACUCAGCUAUACCAAAUAUUUCUCAUAAACUCACCUACGCCGCAACAGAGCAAGGCAAACUUCUGGGACUAAGACAACUUCUACACCCCACAACGGCUACAGCAUCCGCGGGCAAACACCUUCGUCCUCCUUUUAUCGUUUUCACUCAAACUAUCCCACGAGCAGUAGCUCUGCAUUCCGAACUUAUGUAUGAUAUUCCACCCGAAGCAGGUGGCUCUUCCCGAAUCGCAGUUCUACACUCUGAACUUUCCGACUCUCAACGAUCCGACGUUAUGGCUGGGUUCAGAAAAGGAGAAAUCUGGAUCAUCAUUACCACUGACCUUCUUUCUCGAGGUGUGGAUUUCCGUGGAAUCAACGGGGUUGUCAAUUAUGAUAUCCCGAACUCAGCAGCUGCCUACGUGCAUAGAGUUGGAAGGACUGGUAGAGCUGGCCGAGAGGGCGGAAUUGCAGUUACGUUCUACACCAAAGAAGAUAUUCCAUACGUCAAGAACAUUGCCAACGUGAUUGCAGCUAGUGAGAAACUACGUUGUGGCGACGGUGCUGAGCCAGGUAUACAGAAAUGGCUUCUUGAUGCUCUUCCCGACUUGACAAAGAACGACAAAAAGGAGCUAAAGCGCCAUGGAGUUCAAGCGCGGAGACGAACAGCCGCAAUGAAUAAUGAUAGGAACCGCCGCACAACCCGUAUCAGCACUAAGAGCGGUUUUGAAAGGAGGGUAGAGAAUAAUAGGAAAGGGGCUAUCAAGGGCAGCCAAUCCAGGAAGCUUGCCCAGGAGUCCAAUGUUGAUACAAUGGAAGAGGAAGCAUGGAGCGGCAUUGAGGACUAA